AUGGUAAUGCUCAACCAGUUGACGGUGAAUGUACCAUUGGUUGAGGCACUUGAGCAAAUGCCAGGAUACACGAAGUUUAUGAAAUACCUUGUCAUGAAGAAAUGGAAGGUUAUCCAUGAGCCGGAGGACAAUCUCCAUCAUUGUAGUGCUAUCUUCACAAGGUUUUUAGUGCAGAAAAAGGCAGAUCCGGGUGCAUUUACCAUUCUAUGCACUGUUAGGUCCCUGAACUUUACAAAAACACUAUGCGAUUUGGGAGCCAGUAUAAACCUAAUUCCACUCUCUGUGUAUAAGAAAUUAGGUUUGGGGGAUCCUACCCUGAGAAACAUGCAAUUGGUGAUGGCAGAUAGGUCUGUGAAGCUGCCAGUAGGCAUAUUACAUAAUAUAUUGGUAAAGAUGUCCGACUUUAUAUUGCCUGCUAAUUUUGUAGUCCUAGACUGUGAGGUAGACUUCAAAGUGCCCAUCAUCCUGGGUAGACCAUUCCUUGCAACUUGGAGAGUGAUAGUGGACAUGGAGAUGAAUGAGCUGAAGUUCUGA